UUAUGAAUUAAAACAUUACAUGAAAGCAAUUUAUUGAAUUAAAAAAGUGAGAAUAUACGUUGUCAAAUACUGUCGUGCUUGGUUCCAAAUGUUUGAGACAUUACUUAUUGAUGUUUUCGGAUACCAUGGACUCCAUUGACAACAAUCAAUUUGAAGUUAUACCGAGCUCUAAAACAAAGAGGAAGAUAGUUACUCCGUGUUCCACCGCAUACCUCAACCCCGCUUUAGACUUACUGGCCAACGAGGAUCCUAUGUGCAACACUGCCAUGGAAAUUGUCCCAAAGAAACGAAAACGAACCAAAAGCUGUGAAAUAGUCACGUUUGAUAACUCAGCUUUAGAUGUAGGAAUAAGUAAGGCAGCUGUUAAUGAAUUCCUCGUAAGGGAACUUGAGAAUGUACGAAAAACUGUAAAAAGUUACGAUUAUAAUCAGGCUUUGGAAUCCAAAGAAAACGUCCCACCUUCUAUGGAGAGCGAGGAACCCAUUUAUGCUAACAUAACAAACUUAUCUUAUGUACCACAAGAUAUCACUGACAGUGCCAUGGUGCCAUAUAGGGAUACUCAAAAUAUGGACGUCUCUAUAUUCCAACCUGAUAUAAGCGAGAUAGAAAUGGACUCUGGAAUAUCAGUGUUAGAACAAAAAUCUAUAAGUACAGCCAACCAAACAGAAAUCCUUAAUAACUCCACAGUAAAUACAACUAACAUACAGACCAAUGUAACAAACCAAAUAUUCAUAAAUAACACAAGUAAUAUGAGUUUGAGCUUCAUUGAUAGACUAGCGUUGGAUUCGCCAAAUCUUUCCAACCAAUCUCUUUACUUAGAUGAUGAUCUUAAUGAGAGCAACAUCAUGGAAAUCAAAACUAUAACAAUUAUAACAAAGAAGAAAAGAAUCCCUGAGAAAAAAGCAAUAACAAAUCCAUUUUUAGAUCCAAAUUUGAAAUUGGACUGUCCUGCUGGUGAUCAAAAUCCUUUUCUUAAUGAUGAAAUGAGAGAACAGGAAUAUACUGAUGAAAUGUUAAAUAAUCCCGUUCGAUGCCAAGCUCCACAACCAAGUAACUUGAUGCCUAGGAAACUGUUUGCUUGUGACACAAACAGUACUAUAUCUACUAUGAACGAAUCACUAAAUGUUGAUCAACAUGAGUAUGAGAAUAUUGAUAAUUACAGAUCUGAAAGUCCAAUUUACGAGAAUGUUAGUGGUGAUUAUAAUGACGUCAGUUAUAACAAGCAAAGCAAAAUACUAGGUUGUGAUGUUUCUCAAUUCAGUGCUAUAGACAUUAUGAAUUUGAACAAAAACAAACAUGAGCCUAACAGCUCUAACGAAUCUAAUGAAAACAAAAAGGAUUUAAAGAGAUCUAUAUUAAGAGCAAGUAAUAAACUGUCUAAGAAAGUGUUUAAAACAUUGAAGAAAACAUUUAAAGGUGAAAAAGUUGAACAUAAUGUUACACUUAAUCCUUAUGAAGUACCAAGAAAGCCACCUAAACAGAAAACUGAGCAUAAAGAAUCUGGAAUAGAAAAUCCUGCUUUAAAUUUGGAUAACUCUGACGAAAUAGAGAUUGAGGAAAUUGAUGAUGAUGAUGACAUUGAACAUCAGUAUGAAACUAUUAAAACUAUAAGGAAUACCCGGCUAAAUAUGAAUGUAACUCCACUGAAAGAGAGAGGUAUAGAAAAUGCUGACAUUUCACAUAACAGGACUAAUACACCGGGGAAGAAAGUUAGAUUUGACUCGACAUUGAAUCAAGAGAAGGUAAUAACGGGUAAUAGUUUUGACUGUGGCCUUCAAAGUCCAGGAUUUGAUGCUAAAAUUGAUAAAUAUCACGACGAGCUGGAGAAUUGCAUAAAUGAAAGAAAAAUUUUGCAACAAAAUAUGUGAGCGAGAAUGAAUUUUUAAAAUUCCCGCCAAUUUGAACUAGACUAAUAGUAAUACAUGAUAAGAUAAUUAAAUUGAGGCUAUAAUAAACAGUUUACAACUGAAAUGAUGUAAAAUUGUUUAUCAUUUUUAAUAAUAAUUUAAUUUAAUUUAUCUAAGAUGAUGCUGUAUAAAGAUUUAUCAUAAUCCAAAAUGUCUAAAAUUAAUCCAAAGUACUAUCACCAAAUGCAUUGUUAUUUUAACAUUUAUUUAUUAAUGGAA